AUGACAUCAUGGAUGGUAUAUUUACUCUUGUAAUUAUUGUUUUAGAGUUCAAUUACAUCUUACUUCGUCUAGCAAACAGCCACUCCUGAUAGUUCUGCAGAGAAAUAACAAGAGGAAGAAUUGAAAGAAGACCCUACCAAGUAAAGAUAAAGAAGGCCAGACCAUCCAGUAUCACAGUAUACAAAUGACUCUGACCCAGAACCAUCUUAAAAUAAUAAGACAGAAUACACUCAGAGUUAACCCUCUUUAAUGUCCACCCUUUACAACAUAGGAAGCGGGCACCCUCAUUGCAGCAUCAGACUUUCUCAUAUUAAGGAGCAUUUUGAGAAUGAGGAUGAUGUGAAGGGGGAAGUGUCAAUUAAUACACUUAUUGAAGGUCAAGUCAUUUAUCAUGAUGGUAUAAAGAUAUCACUUAUUGGAGUUAUUGAAAGUAAGGUACAUGGAUUGUUGAGUAGCACACCUCCAUACUAAUUCCUACAAGUAACUCGUGAACUCGAACUUUCAGGAGAAUUCUAAAAUCAAAUUACACUCAAAUUUUAAUUUACUAGACCAGAUUUUACUUAGGACUCCUAUGAUGGUAUAGGUUUAAAACUUAGAUAUCUCCUUAGAGUUGAAAUGAGUUAUUAAGGAACUUUAAUGAAAGCUUUAUUAACUGAAGAAUAGGAUUUGAAGGUAAAAAAUAGAAGUCUACCUCAUCAUAAUGCUCAAGAUUCUUAGGCGAACUUGAAAUAAGAUUUUUAUCCUUCAAUUGUGAAUACACUAGUCCCAUAUAAUCAUCCUUAGACUUCUUUAAAUCUUGAGUUUACACUUAAUAAAGCAAAGAUCAACAUUGAAACAGAAUUUAUAGAGGGUUCAAUAAAGUUCACUGAAGUUAAUCUUUAAACUUAAUAUAGGGUUUAGAGUGUAUCCCUUUAACUAAUACAGUAAGAAAUUCAGGUCUCUACAAGCAGCAAAGAUUUUAAUUAGAAAAUCUAACUUUCUGAAUAAAAUAAUCAUAAUAACAUUGGAGAAAAUGGACAAAAACUCUACGACAUUCGUACUAUUCUGAAUUAUGAAGUAGUAGAUGGUUGUGCUUCAAAUAAGGAAGUAAUUCCUUUCAGCAUUCCGCUGAGUGAAAUAGAGGAACUUACUCCCACACUUAAAAAUGUAAAUAAUAAGUUCUCUGUAAAAUACUAUAUCAAAUGUGUCAUAACAGAGCUUGAUGAUGAAGAUGAGGAUAUUGAGAAAGUAAAGACUAUUAACUCUAGUCUGUAUGAACUAUUCUUUUAUAAAUGA